GUGAUAUGUGCUUAAUUUGUCUUCAGUUCUGAUAACUUUAGAUGAACCCAGAGAGUAAUCAUUUGAAUUGACUAUAAUGGAUAAAUAAGGAAAAAGAAAAACAUAUUAAGUUUUUCACAAACUGACCAAAAAAAGUGUCUAUUUAUAUAAGAUCAAGUGUCAUUUACCUACUAUCUCAUUUAUAGAUUUAGUGCAGUACUAAGUCAGACCAUGUGAAGUGAAGUUUAUUGUUCCCAAAAUAUUGUGAAUACAAGUGUUAGUUGUGGGACAGUGCAUAUCCAGCAUUGGCUUAGUGAAGUGCUUUCUUCAGAUCAACAUUAUAUUAUUCCAUUUUCCAAAUUGUUGCAUCAGAUUUAAAAAUUAUAAUUUAGACAAAGGGGAAAACUAAUAUAAAAAAAAUGUGUUACUGAGUGAAUUAUAUAUAUGGGAUUAUAUUUGGUGUGCAAGAUUAAAUUCUUGAUAAGUUUUCAACUUCUUCAUGAAGCAGGUAUGGUUGAAAGAUGAUACUUAAAAUAUGAGUAGAAAAAAAAACUUUGAAACUAGACAAUGGGGUUACCUCAAGAGGACCAAGAGGUGGAAACCCCCAGAACUAAAGUGAUACACAGUGCCACUUCACUGAUAGUUCCAAGGAGAACAAAUGAAAGAACUUUAGCUGGCACCCCUCCCUUGUGGGGAUGGUAUUCACAGCCAAACACUGAAGGAUGCAAAGGCUCUCUUAUUGCCCCUCUCACUGCACCAACCACUCCAACUUCCUUCCAGCUUGACUCAUCAUUUCAUGAUGCUAUUAGGCAACGAUUAUUUAACACUGGUGCUCCAACAACUGUUGUAACAACUGUUGUUCCUUUGGGGUCACAGUCAACACACAUGAUCUGCCCUCAUUGUCAUGCUGAGGUUGACACAACAACAAAGACUUCACCCUCUGUUGUGGCUUGGCUCUCUGGAUUUAUUAUAUGCAUUCUUGGGUGCUGGAUGGGAUGCUGCCUUAUUCCCUGCUGUAUGAAUGAUUGCAUGGAUGUUGAACAUAGCUGCCCACACUGCAACUCCUUCUUGGGCAAAUACAAGAGGGGAUAAGCUACACAUCCAAGAGGCCUGCCAACUUCCUGUGCCUUGUGAAUGGUACUCAGACCACACAACUCCUGGCCGUCCAUAUAUGAUCAAUGGAAUUUUAAGAUUUUUUGUGAAUGUUACUCAGAUUUUCCUCUUUAAGAUUUGUUGUAAGCAGAUUUUAUAUACAGAUGUACAAGAGGAGAUAAACGACACAUCCGAGAGGCCUACCAACUUUCUGUGCCUUGUGAGUGUUAGACCACACAACUCCUGGCCGUCCAUAUAUGAUCAAUGGAUUUUUUUUUUAUCCUCUAAAAUUUGUCAUAAACAGAUUUUAUACACAAAUAUGUUAAAGCAUAUAUGAAUAGUUAGCUAGCAUUCAAUCAAAUUUUGAACAAUAAUGUAGAAACUUUGAGUUUCAAUGCACUUGUUCUGAUCUAGACAAAAGAAAAGUAAACCUUGACAUCAAAACACAGUUAUUAAAGAAAACACUUAAUAUAGUAAAAAAAUAUCAUAAGUAAGGAAGAAGUAAAAUAGAGGAGAAAGUUGUAGUCUUAUUAUUUGUAUUGAUUUGCAUUUCUCUAUCAUACAGCCAAAUUCUUCCAACUGCCAUAUAGUGGCAGAGUGGACAGAACACCUUCCACAUGUUUGUUACUGUUGCUAAGUUAUAAUAUUAAUGAGUUAGAAAUUAUCUAUUAUUAUGUGAUUCAUAAAUUUGUCUUAUUUAAUGGUUAUUUAUGUUGUAUUCAUAAUAGACAUAUGUUUUGUCUUCCAUGUUUUAUUUAUUUAUUGAUUUUAUUUUAUUUUUUUUUUUCAGUGUUUGAAAAUUAGAUCCUUUCAGAUGUGAGAUGAAAGUCAGUAAAGCAGUUAGAUGAUAAUAUCUGAAAAUAAUAAUGAUGGCUGCACUGUAGUGCAGUGCAAUAUAUAUAUAUAUAUAUAUAUAUAUAUAUAUAUAUAUAUAUAUAUAUAUAUAUAUAUAUAUAUAUAUAUAUAUAUAUAUAUAUAUAUAUAUAUAUUAGCUUCAUAAUUAAGUUAUCUUAGUAGGAAGGUGCAUUAUUGUGUUCAGUAUUUUAUUUUCACUUUCUUGUUUUUCAUUUUCAUUUAUUAUGUUAUUUUUUUCUUUUUACUUUAUUUAUUUAUUUCAUUAAUAUUAUUAUUAUUAUUUUAUUUAUUUAUUUUUUUUUUUUUCACAGUACACAUUAGCUUGGCACUACAUAUGUAGAUAAUGCUUCCCUCCAUCAUUUAUCAUUAUGAUAUUUAGAAAUUUCCCUCCCUCCUCCCCCCUUGGUAAAAGUGAUUGUUUUGCAUCCUGCAAUUCUAACGAAGUAAAUGAUCCUUAUAGUAUUUUUUAAGUAUGUUAGUAUUUCAGUUUUGGUAAAUUUUUUGUUGCCAUUAGAUUAAAUGGAGUGAUAUAAUAUUUUAUCACAUUGAAUCUGUAUAAUGCUAAAUAUAUAGGAACUAGAUUAACCAAUCGGAAUUAGCCACAUGCAUGCCACAUGCCAUUUGUGCGUGUUUAUAUAUAUAUAUAUAUAUAUAUAUAUAUAUAUAUAUAUAUAUAUAUAUAUAUAUAUAUAUAUAUAUAUAUAUAUAUAUAUAUAUAUAUAUAUAUAUAUAUAUAUAUAUAUAUAUAUAUAUAUAUAUAUAUAUAUAUAUAUAUAUAUAUAUAUAUAUACAUAUAUAUGAGUAGUACUGUGGGAGAACUCUCCAAGCGCCACCCACAAUGAAAAUCCUGUUUUCACACACAGACAGUACCUCAAAGUGUGUCCUACCUUGUGGAGUUAGAGCAAUAUCCCACUGAGCCAAAAUGGUUAAAAAUGCUAUAGAUUAUACAGUAUUAUUUUUCUUAUUUGACACAGAAGCAUAGGAGCCUUCUACUCUGUGGUAAAAUACUUCAAGCACCUUGAGUAAAGUGAGUCACCACAGCUAGCCACUCAGCAUGGCGGCUGGCCCUGACGUGGCAUGAUGUCAUAGGACAUCAUGUGUGGCUGGUCAAUGGUGCCAUCAUAUUGCCCUGACAUAGCGCUGAGCCAAUGGGCUUGGAGCAUUUUCCCACACACACACACACACACACACACACACACACACACACACACACACACACACACACACACACACACACACACACACACACACACACACACACACACACACACACACACACACACACACAUCUCAGUCUCGCUUCUAUCCUUGCCACUUUACACUAGCAUUGUGAAUCACUAUUUUGUGCUGUUUAUAGCCUUGUCUAGAACCUUAAUAUAUUGCAUCUCUUGCUAUCUUCAAUUGCUAUUUUCACACUAACUGCUCUUCUGAUCUUGCUAACUGCAUGCCUCCCCUCCUCCCAUGGCCUCACUGCACAAGUCUUUUUUUUUUUUUAUUUCAUCCCUAAACUGUCUACCUUUCUAAUGCAAAAGUUAACUAUUAUUCUCAAUUAUUCAUCCCUUUCUCUGGUGAACUCUGAAAUUCCCUGCCUGUUUCUGUAUUUCCUCCUUCCUAUGAUUUGAACUCUUUCAAGGGGGAGGUCUCAAGACAUUUACUUUUUUUUUUCUCUCUUUUUUUUUACAUUCUAUCUGACAUCUCUAUGUCAGAUAGAAUGGGAACCGGCAUAUUAGUGGAACUUUUAAUUCAAAAUUUUCGUUGGCCUUAGCCAGUGGACCUUGCUUUAGAAAAAAGAAAACAAAGUGAAAAGAAAAUUAACACUUAAUUCUUCAUAUACAUGAUGAGCUUUAACAUUAAUAACUACUAAUUGGUUUUAUUGAUUGAAAUUUUCUUUGUCUCUGUAGGAAGCUGUUACUACCUUAAGGAUUAAUUUGCUACAUAUUUCACAAAAAUCAUAUGAUUGAAACAAGAUGUAUGGGUUUCAAUAUUGGCAAACUUCAGGAGUGAUUUCUGGUGUUUUUAAAAAAUGGCACUUGGAGCAUUCUCCUGCAACACUACUCAUAUACAUAUAUAUAUAUAUAUAUAUAUAUAUAUAUAUAUAUAUAUAUAUAUAUAUCAGAGUUGGGCAUCACUAACGGGUUUGAACUUCCGCUAUCACAAAUCAGCUAACUUACUGCAGAACUUUUGCAAUCACAAUUCUGCAGAUUUCAAGAUUGUUUAAAUCACUAUAGCAAAUCCAAUAUCACAAAUCACUACACAAUGUUUGCAGUCUUCUGCCACAAAAACCUGACACUACAAACACAAAAUGUAAACAAAAAUUUUAUCAUCAGUAGUUCUUAAAUCUUUUCACUCUGUUUGCAGUGUAAUGCUGUAGAUAAGCAUUCAUAGUUUCAUUUUUUUGUUUUUUUUAAGAUAUAAAGAAAACUAUUUCUCAUGACUAAGAUUGACCAUACAUACACUACUGCUACUUCAAGUAUGGACACAAGCAGUCAGUGGCCAUUGAGAGGCAACUUACCUUAAAAUAGAAUUGCUGGCUUGUCACUUGCCUUGCUUGGGAGCUUGCCUGGCAAGACGUUUCUUACUUGACAAGUUACUUGCACACUUGAAUUUAAACUAUAACUGUCUCGUGUAAACUAGCCUUUAACAGAGAUAGGCACGCUGGGAACCAGGAUGGUUCCUCCAUGUGUUAGUGGAGGUUAGCAGAAGUAAUACCACAAACACUAAUCUGCAAAUUAGUGACCUUUUUGCCGCAAAUGCAAAUCUGCAAAUGAAAUGGAAUUUCUGCCAUUGCAGAUUUGCAGACUAAUUGGCGGAAGUGCCCAGCACUGAUAUAUGUAUAUAUAUAUAUAUAUGUACAUGUAUAUGUGAGUGCGUGUGUUUAUUGGUUGCUUUCUUGGCAACCAUCUUUACCAGUCAUUUGCUUAAGUUGAGAUCACAGUUACUUCUAACAAUCACACUAGCUGCUCUAAAGGCACCCACAACAAUCUAGAAUCUUCAAGGAUGACUUGACCUGCUCACUCCAUUGUCUGUUUAGAUCAGUCCCUCUCCUUAGUUGUGGCCACACCAUGUAGGUUUAAAGUUUGGCAGGAGUGUGGACCAGGAAAGAACUUCAGGUGAAUAUUUGAUUUCAUUUUCAUUUAUAUAUCCCUUUAAUUCCCACCAUCUGUUUGAAAACUAGGAUUUUUCAGAUGUGAGAGGAGUCAGUAAAGCAUUAUACUGUAACAUGUUAAAGAAGAUAACUGUGAUGGCAGCAUUGUGGUGCUAAAUAAGAAAAAAAAAAAAAAAAGAUCCACCAUUGCUUUAAACUUAAUUUGUCAUCAUGUGGAUCCAACCUACAUUUUUUAUGAGUGGCAAGAAUUUGUAUAUCAUCACUUUAAAGCACCAUAAAAAAUAUAAAAGAAUCUUGAAAUCAAUAUUUUGUAUGUGACUUUUCUUGUGUACCAAUAUGACAGUUCUUGAAUUAUGACAUAUGAUGGAGUACUCUCAUCAUUAAAGAUGUAAGUCACCCACGACUUGUAAGAGCUCCACCAUAUUACCCUUCUUAAAGAAAUUCAAUGCCACUUCUAGAAUGGACUUUUAUUACUGUAUGUAUACUCAUGAUAUUUAGUGACACAUUCUAAGCACAUACUCAUUUUUUAUGUAUAAAAUUAAGUACCUGUGACAUUUUUAAGCAUCUGCAUGAGCAAUGUUAUACUGCAGGGGUACUUGUUAAAAAAAAAUAAAUAAAUAAAUAAAAAAGAUGCUUAGUAAAUGAAAAGGGGCUGUGAUUUCAAAUGAUGCCAUGAUUAUUUAGUGAAUCAUGACCUUCCCUUUCCUGAUCACACAGUCAUUGCCCACUGUCUAUAAUGUUGACAAUUUCUUGGUAGUUGUUCAACUGACACAUCACAGUUUACUCUUCUGUUCCUAUCAUGUGUCUCAUGUCCUCAUGUUUGGAUGGUUUUCUCUGUAAUACCUAAUAUUGUCCUGUAACAACUUAGUGCCACAUAAUCAAAUAUUGUCUUGGUGCUUGAAGUCUCAUAUAAUAAUAAUACACUUCAAAUUCAAAGUCAUGCAAUACGUGUUUUUGUUGAUAUUACAAAAAGUAAAUAAAUAAUGCAAAAUAAUUAUGACACUAGUUAGAAGUAACUGCUUUUUAUGAGGCACAUAUUUGACCAAAGGGAAUUCACAUUGUUAUAAUUAUCUUGAAUUCUAGUAAUGAGAUCUGUUGGCUGCAGUUAUAAAUACAAUCAUGUGCCAGAUUGUAUAGUUAAUGUAUAUGCCAUUAGAAUGUUGGAAAAGUAAUCAAUGUUUGUUGAUUACUAUCAAUAAGAAUCUCAGUCAAGACUUGUGCAGCAAGAGCUCAUAGAACUCAUUCAUAUCAAGCUCUCAACAUUUUUUGCACUCUUUUAACUUAUUUUUAAGAUGUUUCUGCCAGGGUUCCUGUGAAUUUGAGCAAAUGUGAGGUUUGAAAUAUGUUCCUGGAACUAUUGGACAGUUUGAGUUAUUAGUUUUUAUAAUAUGCAGCAAAUGAGACACCAAUCAUUGUCUGAACCAAAUGUAACAUGGGUAUUGUUUUGCAAAUGGCAUUAAAGAAAUAUUUAGAAGUUGUGAAAUCAGCUUAUUAAUGCUGCAUAUCUAAAAUAGAGUCUUCUGAUAACUCAUACUGACCAUAAUUUUUAUUUUUAGGCACUUCAGAUUGGGUUUAAUAUAAUUAUAUGUUAUAUUAAAUUAAUUAGUGUAGGAACACCUUUUAAUCUCCUAUAUAUGAAAAGAAAGAAAAAUAUAUAAAGGAAUAUUACUUAUAAUGUAACUUCUCAAUGUUCACAGAUUCUGGUAGGACUAAAUACCAGCAUGACAACACACACACACAGUAUAUAAUUCUAUUUGAGUUGUUCUCAAAUACUUUGUAGAAUUUUUGCAUAUAUCUUUACUAUGAUGCAUUAUUUUAGCAAAGAGAUACAGUUUGAUGUUAAAAUUUUAUCACAUCACAUGUAUAAGUCUGCCAUAUACUAUAGUAUUUUUACUAUUACUAACAAAUGUAUCAUUAUUUUCUCAAUUAAAUACUUAAUGUUCUUG